AUGAGGACGCAUAACUAUAUCCCGCUCGAGGGCGAACAAGGAAUACUCAACGUCCUUGUUAGCUGGUAUCUUCUCCCCCUCCAAGCAUUCUGGACGGCUCUUGUCACUGUCCUGGCUGUCACAUGGCUCGAUGGGAGACCGUUCGCGAUUGGCACCAGCAAUCGUUACCUUGAAUGGGCCGAUGGACCGUCUCUGACCCAGUCCGAUAUCACAACUUUGAUUUCUGUGUUUCUCACGGUGUCGAGGAUUAUCACGGGCUCUUGGCAAUCACUUUCAUCGUGGCGAUGUAUCUUCAUCCUGCUGGAGAAGACGGGCCUUAGGCUAGGAGAUGUCAACUGGGCUGCCUCCUGGAAAGUACCGGGCCUGUCAAUGUUUGCCUCUCAUAAAAACCGUUCGAAGGCGGACCUCAGCUUUCAGUGGGCAAUAUGCAUUAUCUUCUUGUUGCUCUGGCCAGCACAGCUUGCCAAUCCCAUCGCUUCUGGUGCCGUUUCUUGGGUGCCUGCGACGCGAGUGAACAUGACGGGGACUGCUCAGGCCGUUGGUGCAGCACAUGCAGGACCUAAUUGGCUCUGGUAUGUCACAUACAGCUCUGCACGAUUGCAACUGGUAAAGCAAUCUGCUGCAUUGGCCGGAUCCGAAACAUCGCCUUUUCAAAGCAAGAACAAUACCGACACCGCCUUCAUAUCUCCAUCCCAGCGAAUGGUAUCCCAAUUCGCAAGUUAUAGCAACGGCUCCGUGGUCAGAAAUAUUACCGUUCCCUCUUUCAAAAUCGAUUCCUUCAACUGGGUCUCUGAUUUAUCGAUGCUACCAAGUGGAAUUUACGAGUCGAUCAUUCAAAUGGAAGGAACUUUACUGAACAUUACCGAAGAUGGCGGCAACCCCCUGGGACAGACCAUUCCAGGCACUUCCGCUCUUUUAAAAAACACUACAUGGACUGCUCCAUCUUCAUCCGCUCUGCCUUCACCCACCGUGUUUAUUGGCAAAAAGUACGCUGCAAUUUAUGUUAAUCGGUAUCAAAACAACGGCGACAUAAUCAAGUACCCUUGCUCAUCUGCAUCGAGCGAUUUUGACCCUCUUCCCCCGAAUGUAGCCUUGGUCAAUCAGGCUUGGAAUAACAACUACAGCGACUGUAUUGCCGUGGCCGAGAUAGGAAUCACUGUCGGUGUAACAGACUGCCGCCAGGAUGGGUCAUUUACCUCAUCCCUGUCGAGCCCCGAAUGUGCCCUGAACUCGUCCAUCGGCAUCGUCACCUCUUCAAAAAAUACUGUUUCCCCUGACCACCUGACUCUAGAAAUCUUCAACAUGAUGCCUGAAGUACAAGCCCUUGCCGCCGCUCUCUCCACUACUUCCACAUACCUUUCCGGCGGCCUUGAACUCUACCUGCGCAUGUCUCUUAUACGAUCAUAUCAAGGAACUUGGAGCGCUCUCACCAACUAUCUGAGCGAUGACAGUGUCGAACUCGACACUGAGAUCUAUCAGCCCUUCAAAGUCGUCCGCGCGGAAGUCGCACGUUGGAGAAUUUACUUAUGGGCAGGGAUAAACUUGCUCUUAGUGCUGGCGGGGCUGGCGUUGGCCGUAAUACAAGCAACGUGGAGUGGGAUCAGCACAGUGAAUGAUCCAGCAUUGGAGGCGAUCUUAUUGGACUCUUCACGACUGCAUUCUUCCCAAGGGAAGCCGGACAAUUUCAGAAGGUUGGGUACCAAUCAAAAAGAGGGUUUCAGCAGCACAGUGGCCAAGUUGAGGGAUUGGGGCCCAUCCGUCGAUUUGGAUGGUACAAUACAAGGUCCUCAUGCUGGAAAUGUUGAUCACUGGCUGAUUCUGGAGAGGCGCGAUGAGGAGACUCAUCUGCAUCCAGGCGGGUUUCUAGAAAGUUCGACUGAGCUGAGGAAUCUGGUGACUGAAUAA